AUGACAUCGCGCUUUGGUGACUUCGUAGUGGGGCAGGGAUUCCUAGAUCCGUCCUCUCCGCCGCUCCAAUUCCGCCGUGCUAGAGUUGCAGAACUCCAACAACUCGAUAAAGUCGCGACUUUAUCCGAAGAAGAGGAACUCGAAAGAAUGUACGCCGCGGAUUGUUUCCUCGGUCCUAAAGAGAUCCUCCAAGAGACCGAUCGGCAGGUUAUGACAAGUGUCGCUAACUCCAUGGUUUUUCACGACAAUAGAUACUGGGUUCGCCUCCCUUGGCUUGACAUGGGCCGACUUCCUCCAAGUUUUGAUCGAGCGCGUAAACGAGUUCGUUCCCUCGCAGGCCGGCUCUCUCCCGACGAGUUCCAGAAAUACAAGGAAAAUAUUCUCGAACUUCUUAAGCUAGAAUUCAUCGAAAUCGUCGAGAAUUGGUCAGUGGAGGACCAUAAUCGAUGUUAUUACCUCUCACAUCACGCCGUAUUCAAACUUGCGGAUUCCGGGGCUACAAAAAUGAGGAUCGUCUUCGAUGGUUCUGCCCAUGAGAUUGACGAACCCUCUCUCAAUGACCUUCUCUUUAGAGGUCCCGUCCUCCUUCCAUCAUUACAGGGUGUUCUCAUCAGAUUUUUGUUCUCCAAGAUAGCCAUAAUUUCGGACAUUGAGAAGGCCUUUUUGCAGGUCGGGGUUCAAGAGGAGGAGAGAGAUACUUUGCGCUUCUUGUUCGGUGACUCGCCAUCUGAGAUUUUAUCAAAUAGAUUCUGCUUGUUGCGUUUUCGGCGCCUUCCAUUUGGUCUUAAGUGUUCUCCGGCCAUACUGGCCAUUGUCAUCGAAACCCACUUGAGGAAGUCUUCGAGUCCUUUGGCCCCUGAGAUUGGCCGCAAUCUUUACGUUGAUAACUCUUUGUUGGAGGCUGUCGAUGACGACGAGGCCAUCGAAAAGGCUAAAGAGGCCCAUAGUCUGUUCCUAAAGGGGGGUAUGAACCUCCGCGAUUUUACCUCCAACUCUGCCCGGUUGCGGAAUAGCCUGGACCCGUCAUUGUUGAACACAGCAGAGGUCGUUAAAGUUCUUGGAGUGUACUGGAAUCCUGCUCUCGACUUGGUUUACAUCAAAAUUCCCUCGUGGCCUGGUAAUGUCCCUUCAAAGAAAGAAUUCUCUUCGCUGCAAGCAAAGAUGUUUGAUCCAUUAGGCGUCCUUCGUCCGAUCUCGAUCAAAGCCCACCUUCUAUUGCAAAAAAAUUGGGAUAAAACUUCCUCUUGGGAUGAUACACCAAAUCCAGCCUCCCAGAGUACGGUGAUAAAAUUUACCCAACAGUUCGAUGGGCGCUGGCUGAACAUUCCCCGAUUUGGUCCAUUAGUGGUCCAAAAUUUCCGCAUCCAUGUUUUCACUGAUGCAAGUUUCGAUGCAGUGGGCGCGGCUGCGUACGUACAGGACAGUAAUUCCCUUAAAUGCUUUUUAAUUUUGUCGAAAGCCAAGUUAACCCCCCCUUCCCUCCGUCCUCGACCUCACCAGGUGUCCGAAGAGUCGAUGCCUAAUAACCCGUUGACCGUAAAUACCCUAGAGAUCCUUGCACUAGAUAUCGGAGCCAAACUCGCAUCUUUCAUCCAGUCUGAACUCCCUCGCCCCGCUGAGUCUUAUAACGUCUGGAGUGAUAGUAAGUGUUCGCUGGCUUGGUUGGAUGGUCAAGAACCGGCUCGGAAUCGGGUUUUCGUGCGUAAUCGAGUCGCGGCGAUUCGGAAAGUCCCUGGUCUUUUGUUUCGUCAUGUUUCCGGAGAUCAGAACCCGGCCGACAUUUUAUCUCGGGGAACAGAUUUGAAUUUGUUGGCCAACCACCAGCUCUGGUGGAACGGUCCGGAUUUUUUACAUCAUCCGGAAUCAUGGCCGUCUCCGGUCUCAGCGGCACCGAAAUCAGAAACGGUCAGUCUCCCCCUGAAGCGGAUCGAGGUCGAUAGAGAUCCGGUUAUUCCGUUGUCUCGAUCAGAACAAGCGGAAGUGCUUACAAUAUCCGACUCGUUUUUGGCGACAGUUCGUUAUUUGAGAGAAAGGUUAGGUUGUUCAGAAAGUGUAGCCCAGGAUUUCAUUUUUCGCCUCGAUCAGUUGGUGGAACCACCGUCGGUUAGAGACCACGAACGGUUUGCUCUGGCCAAAAGUCGAGGAAUCUGGUUUGUGACAGGGAGACUCGAAAACAGCGACCUCCCCGAAGCAGAGAGACAUCCGAUAUUCCUCUCGAAAUCAUCUCGGAUCUUGCCGAAGCUACUGGCGGAUCUCCAUUCUCGAGUACACCCAAACCUGACGACAACCUGGAGUUCCAUCCGCCCAUUCGUGUUCUUCCCGGAGGGUCGUCGUCACCUGAAGAGUGUGCUGAUUAAGGUCUGUGACCCGUGUCGAAGAGCUUUUGCUCGUCCCUUCGUGGUGCCACCUAUCCCCGCGUUACCGAAAUCCAGAGUCACGAGAAACUUUCCAUUCUCCUUUGUUGGAUUAGAUUGUUGCGGCCCUUUCUUGAUACUACAGAAUAGAGUAGUCUCGAAGACGUACUUGCUGGUGAUCACUUGUCUCUCCACUCGUUACACUCAUGUCGAAAUAGUUGAACAUGGAACAACGCAAUCUUUGGUUUUGGCCUUUCGUCGUUUUGUCGCCACGUUCGGACUUCCUUCUGAGAUUCUUUCCGAUCACGCCAAAAAUUUUGAACUCGGAGCUAAAGUUUUGAAGAGACUCUCGAAGGAAAUCUCUUCCCUUGGCCCUAUAAAAUGGCAGUUCACAACCCCUUAUAGUCCCUGGAAAGGAGGAGUGUAUGAAAAGAUGAUUGGGAUUUUAAAGGAAGCCCUCCGGAAAUCUCUCCCUAAGAAGCCCGUGAACUCGGAAUUGUUUAAUACUCUGGUCGCUGAAAUUAGGGCUCUUUUAAAUCAACGGCCGAUCUUAGCGAAUCUAGUUCAAUCGUCAACUCCUUGCUGUUUACGGCCAGUCGAUCUUGUGUUCCCAGAAAAACGAGAUUCUUUCCCGCUCUUCGCUACCGAGGAUGACAAGGAUCCGGAGUACGUCCCCUAUACCCCUCCAAGACCAGACCAAAUUGUCAGUGAUUGGGUUCGAUCGAUGUCGAAAAUUGAGAAGUUCUGGAAGAACUUCCAUGACGUUUAUCUUAGAUAUCUUCAGUCGGUCGGUAAACCUCGAGUCGGGAAAUAUGAGGUCCCAAAGGUGGGGCAGGUAGUUCUGCUACUAAACGACGCAGAGAAGAACAGAAAUGCAUGGAAGACCGCGGUCGUCAAGAGAAUUAUUUUGGGUCACGAUGGGUUCUGUCGGUCAGUAGUCCUAGAGUCGGAUAAGAGAGAAUUUGAGCGGCCUUUAUCGUUGAUUGCUCCCCUCGAAACACCUACAGUUGAUUUUGCCAUUCCAGAUGUCCACACCAGAGAUUUCGCUGGAAUCCGAGUCCGCCAACUCGGAAAAAGAAAGGUCGGCCUCCCCAUCACCGUCAGAAGAACAGUCUCUCGCCGACAUGGUCGGAGAAUCGCUGGCCGGGUUCAUAGAAGAAUGCCCCGAGGCAAUCAAAGAGUUCCUGAGCAAGGUCAUUCAAUCCGUGCCUUCAAGGGAAUUAACUCGGCUCACGGGCCCGGUCGUACUGUUCGAGGAAAGGAUUCAAGGCGCCAUCGAGAGUUUCGAGGCUGGUCCCGAAUCGCAGCCGGCGACCCCAAGAGAAAACCGUCAGGCUCGGAGACCCACUCACCGCGCCAUCCCUCGUCGCCCCAGGCCUACCUCGUCUCCACCAGCGACAGUGGAAGUCGCUCGCCCAACCCCAUGGAAAAGCCCCUGGGCGAUCCCCUUCCCAGCCACCCUUCAAUCUCAGCAAGCCCCUCCAGCGAACGUCAAGACUGGACCCUCAACUUCGACUGCCCUGCCUCACCCCGCUUCGACGUCUUGGAGAGUUCCGCCGACCCAGCCAGAUCCCCCCCCGGGCAUGUUGUGGAGUCGCAACGGUCUCCACAAUUCCCACGGUAA